AUGUCCCCACUAUCGCUUCCAGGACACAGAGUACCCACCAGAAGCCAGGACCUUGUGUUAAAUGGGUCUCCCCCUGAAUUCUCUACAAACUCCCCCGAGUUCUGCGGUCCUUCCAGCAAUGAAUAUACCUUUAAUGCCGUGAAUGGAAAUCUUCGAGCCAUGGGCAUGCAGUCAGCGAUACCUGAUAAACACUCAGGGUCUGGCGUCCCGUCGACUUCCGCAGGCCGACUGGCGCAGUAUGGCCCCUUCGUGAAACUCUUAACUAUGGAUCCUCUCUGGGAUAUAACAAGAGAAGAUGCGCACAUUCUGAUUGAUGACUGGUGUGAAGGUCUCGGCACUGUCUACCCUAUCUUAAGUCGACGGACCAUGGUGGACACAGCAAGUAAAGUAUUCGACUCGCUCGACUUAGUACGCUCGGAAGGGCUAAGGGAACGAGGCGGAUCUGUAGUCGAGGCCCUGUUUGACCACAACGCGAACAAGCUGAAGAUUGUACUCGCAAUCGGGAUGGCCAAGCUAGCUGGUGGUCGAGAGCACCAAGCGCAAAGAUUGUUUCAGAGUACUUCUGAAGCGGUAGAAGGGCUUAUAUGGAAUCCGGAGGGCAUCCAUGGUAUACAGCUUCUUUUCUUAGCAGCCAUGUAUCACUUACAUCUUAACGAGGAGGUUCGAACAUGUAGAUGCAUAGCGUUUGCGGCCAGACUAUGUCUCGAAUCAGGCUUACACCGUCGCUCAAUGCUUGAAAAGGUCUUCCCGAAUACAGCAGAAUGUACUGAAGCAUUGCAAGCCUUUUGGGCUGUAUACAUGCUUGAAAGAAGACUUAGCUUGGGACAAGGCAUUCCAUUUUCAAUCCAAGAUUCCUACAUCGACCGUUCGCUUUACACGAUCGAAACUACAAAUCCGUUGCAAGCGACGCUAUUGCAGUGGACUAGGCUUGCUGGAAAGACAUGGCACGCAUUGAACAAUCAAACUGAAAAGUCGUACGAAUCGAGAGUCGACGAUAUCAAUUAUCUGGACUACCAGAUCAUGGAGUGGUAUGGAAAUCUCCCGGAGCAUCUUCAGUUGGCAGAUAGCUCAAUUUGGACACAAGACGAGCGGUAUCAGCCGACGUAUUACCACUCGAUUCUAUUCGUCCGAAAAGCUCAUCUUCGAAACCUCAUUUAUCGCACAGUAUUACAAUCUCCAGUACAAUCUCACCGUCAUGAGCCGACCCUACUCAAAGCAAUUGAGAUCUCAAAGGAGACAAUUCGAACCAUGCUCCGCCUCCAUGAGCAAACCCCUUUGAUUCGCACGCAUCCCAUGUUCUUCCAUCAACUCCUCUUGACUGCGUUUGGGAACCUGUUACUCGCCAUCGUCAGCACAGGUCCGAAGAUUCGCAACAGUGCCAGAGAGGAAUUCGACAUGUUUCUGCAUCUUUUCCAAGUCCUGAGCUCCAAGUGUGCCGCUUUGAGGCGGACAUGGCAUCGCCUUCAGGGACUACGCGAUCUACACGCAAAGCUUAGUCAUUCCGACCGCAGCACUCAAACGUCAUGUCUAGACAAUACCGAUGCCAUCACAGCGGGCGAUGUAGCAGUAACACUAUCAUUUGACGAUAUAUUCCCGGAUAUGCCUCUGUCGACGAUGGAAGAUACAGUUCAACCCUUCAAUAAUUUAACCAUGGCCAGUGGCGGUUUACCGACUCUUAACUACGUCCCCGAAAACUUUCUCGAUUUGGAUAAUCUGUUUGAUUUCCCAUUCUUGAGCAUUACAAGCUACGCGUAG